GUCACGCCCUCCACACUCGACUCGCAGUCUUGAGUCGCCGGGCAGACGGAGGAGCAGUCGACCCCCUCGCGAUGCUCUCUCGCCUCUCUCUCCUCUCAGCGGCUGUAAAGCCUGCUGCAGCUGCCAGGGUCUGUGUGGUCGCUGUGCCCCGUAAUCUGCUGCACACGAGCAGCCAGAGCCAUGCUCCUGUGCCCCGGCUGCCUGAAACUGGCGGGAAGGUCCGCCAUGGCUUCGUCCCCGAGGAGUUAUUCCAGUUCCUCUACCCCAAGAUCGGCGUCACAGGUCCGUACACCUUGGGUCUCGGGCUGCUGACCUACCUGCUCUCCAAGGAGCUGUACGUCAUCAACCACGAGACCUUUGCCGGCCUCAGCAUGGCGGCAAUCCUCGUCUACAUCGUCAAGAAAUACGGGAAAGACGUUGCCGCCUACGCAGACAAACUGAAUGACGAAUUGAUUGAGAGUGUAAACUCGGUGAGGGAUGUAACCAUCAACAACCUGACGAAGGCCAUCGAGAGCGAGAAGAAAGAGCAGUGGUGCGUGGAGGGGAGGAACAUGCUCUUCGACGCCAAGAAGAACAACGUGGCCCUGCUGCUGGAGACGAACAUGCGCGAGCGCCUGCACCACGUGGUGAGGGAGGUGAAGAGACGCCUGGACUACCAGCUGGCGUUGCAGCACAUGCAGCGACGCACCGAGCAAGAACACAUGAUCACCUGGGUGGAGCGCGGCGUCAUGGGCAGCAUCACGCCCCAGCAGGAUAAGGAGACCAUUGCGAAGUGCAUCUCUGACCUCAAGAUUCUGUCCAAGACCGCACAGGCGCGAGCUUGAGCCACACGGCGCUACCCUAGUGGUGCCAAACCUCCCAAUUCUGAACGCGGUUUCUGGAGUCCCCAAUAGAAAAAAGUUGUAUUUCUCAGCAGUGUCUGCUCAAUAAAAACUAUUAAACUCCUCCA